AUGAGGGAUGCCAAACUCCUGUACCCAAAGGCUAAAAGGGCAUGUCUAGCAUUGGUUCAAGCAAUUCAAAGAUUUAGACAUUAUCUACUAUCAAACAGAGUCGUGCUGGUGGAUAAAGCCGAUCCUAUAAAGUUCCUACUAUCAAAACCUGCAUUGAUCGGGAGACCAGCAAAAUGGCUACUUCAAAUGUCAGAAUUUGACAUAGCAUGUGUCCCUUUAAAAUCAAUCAAAGGACAAGUGGUCGCAUACUUACUUGCUGCUUUCCCCGGAGAAGACAUCACAAUGUUGCAUGAGGAAGUUCCCGGUGAGUUCCCAGAAAUUUCAAUCAUUCAGGAAGAAACGUGGUUGUUAUAUUUUGAUGGGUCUGCCACUCCAAGCAAUGAUACCGGUGGAGCAGAAUAUGAAGGUUUUCUCCUAGGGCUAUCUUUGGCCAGGAAAGCAGGAGAAAAACACCUAGAGAUCAGAGGAGACUCAAAGUUGCUGGUCAAUAAAAUGAAUGGCGUAUAUUCUCUCAAAGAAGUAACACUUACUUCAUUCAGGACUGAGGCACAACGACUAUUAACUCAUUUUUCUGAUGCAACAAUUAUCCAUACCGGCCGCACCAACAAUAGACAUGCGGAUUGUCCAUCGACUCUAGCAUCCAAACUACAAUUUGAAGGGUCUGAGAAGUCUAUCACUGUGCAAAUACGCUCUGUAUCAUCCACCUGGAUUAAUCAAGUCGAAUAUGCUCCGCCAAACGAUUGGCGAGCUCCCAUCAUCCAUGAAUUGAGUAAUUCUCUUACGGAAGGGAAAAUCAGCCUCAAGGAAUUGAAAAACUUUUUCCUGCUACACGGAGCAUUAUAUUAUCGCAAUCCUGAUGCAUCCCUUUCACAGUGCCUUGGAGAUGAGGAAGCCGGUGAACAAAUCAAGCGCAUACAUGAAGAAGUGUGUGGGUAA